GACUGAUCACGGAUGAUUACUUGCAACAGAGAAUGUCAGAACCGGGAAAUACAGACAACAAAGGUCCCAAAAAGACAAGACUAUUGGGUAUCACUGUAGUUGACCGAAAAGAUGCUUCAAAAUGAGCAUCAAUUGUAUCAUAAACAAGAAUGGAGUGCACUUUUCAUGCUCAUUGGUCGUAUGAGCGGCUUUGACAGACUAAGAAUUACAUGCGUGUACCUGACAUACUUCUCAGUUAAAGAAGUCGAGAAUGUGAUGGCAAUUAGCAUAUGAAGUUCAA